CCAAAACUCAUCAAAAACGGUUGUUGAGCUGUUGUGUGUGCUUCUGUUUCUGUGUCCCCAUACUGUAAUAUGGCAGAAGCCAGUGUUUUAUGGACUCGCGAACAGUUCAUCUGUCCAGUGUGUCUGGAUCUUCUGAAGGAUCCAGUGACCAUUCCUUGUGGACACAAUUACUGUAAAUCAUGCAUUGCGGACUGCUGGAACCAUCAGGAUCAGAAGAUAGUCCACAUCUGCCCACAGUGCAGACAGACCUUCACUCCAAGACCUGUUUUAAAUAAAAACACCAUGCUGGCUGAAGUGGUGGAGAAACUGAAGAAGACUAAACUACAAUCUGAAGUUUCUGUUGACACUGUAUCAGGAGAAGUAAAGUGUGACGUCUGUACUGGAAGAAAACACGAAGCCGUCAAGUCCUGUCUUGUCUGUCUGAACUCUUACUGUCAAAACCACCUUGAACAGCAUGAGAUUUUUUUCAUAGGUAAGAGACAUUAUUUGAUGGAUGCCACUGGACAACUCCAGAAGAUGAUCUGCUCACAUCAUGGCAGACUGCUUGAGGUUUUCUGUCGCACUGACCAGCACUGUAUUUGUACAUUGUGUACGAUGGAUAGACAUAAAUAUCAUGACACUGUACCAACAGAAGCAGAGAGAACAGAGAAAGAGAGAAACUUGAAAAAAACACAGAUGACAUACCAGGAGAGAAUCCAGGAGCGAGAAAAAGACAUUCAGGAGCUGAGAGAGGCUGUUGCGUGUCAUAAGCACUCUGCACAGGCAGCAGUGAAGGACAUCGAGAGGAUCUUUAAUGAGCUAAUCCGCUCUAUUAAGAAAAAACGCUCUGAGUUGACAAGGCUGAUCAGAGACCAGGAAAAGUCUGCAGUUAGUCAAGCUGAAGGACUCUUGCAGCGAAUGGAGCAGGAGAUUGCUGAUAUGAGGAAGAGACGUGCUGAGUUAGAGCAACUUUCACACACAGACGAUCACAUCCAAUUCCUUCAGGAGUUUCAGUAUCUAUCUGUACCUAUUGAACCUACAGAGAGAAUAACUGUCACUUCACCUCUGUCUAAUGAUAUAAGACAAACUAUCUGUCAGCUGAGCGAGAAAAUUGAGAAUUUCUGUAAAGAGGAGAUUCAAAAGAUUUCUGUUAAACACAUCAACAUUGUUCUAAGGACCAGAGAGGACUUCCUACAAAGUGCCCAUCAAUUCACACUUGAUCCAAACACAGCGAAUAAACACAUUCGUCUGUCAGAGAGGAACAGAGUGGCUACUUACACUGACACAGUCCAGUGGUCACCUGAUCAUCCAUACAAAUUUGAUGUUUAUUAUCAGGUGAUGUGUGGAGAGAGAGUGUCUGAACGUUGUUACUGGGAGCUGGAGUGGAAUGGUGAUGUGGGUAUAUCAGUAUCAUAUAAGCACAUCAGCCGGAAGGGAACAAAUACUAAGUGUUUGUUUGGAUAUAAUGAUAUUUCCUGGAGUUUGUUCUGCUCUCCCUUCAAAUACUCAUUAAGGCACAAUGAUUUGGAGACUGACAUCCCUGCAGCCUCCAUCUGCUCUAGAAUAGGAGUGUAUGUGGAUUACAGUGCAGGGACUCUGUCCUUCUAUGGCGUCUCUGACACAAUGACCCUUAUCUGCAGAGUUCAGGCCACAUUCACUCAUCCUCUCUAUGCUGGAUUUAGGCUCUACAAUGGAUCAACGGUAAAACUCUGUAAUUUAACAUAAUAGAAUAAAGAGACAUUGUAUCAGUAGCCUAGUCCUGCCAUACAGAAACAGUGGUCAACCUGUUCUCUCUCCUAAGAUGUCUCUCUGCAUGUCACUAUAUAGAAUCCCAAAAGUGAUCUUUGUCAUACUUUAUUUUAGGUGUCUUUAGCUACUUGCAUAAAAGAAUCAUAGGUACAAUGUACUUAUUGUGUUGACGUUGUAUUUUUUUAUUUUAUUUUAACGUUUUAACGUUACGAUAGCUGGGACCAUGAUCAGAUUUUUUUUAUUUUCCAUCUACUUGUUUUAUAUUGUUUAUAAGUGUGUAGGUUUGUAGGUUAUGUACUCAAAUAUAUAACUGUAAUGUCUGCUGGAAGGAGAGUUGGAAAGGCAUGAAUCUAUUUUUAUCUUUUAUUCAAAUAAACAAGGUGUAAAUAUCCAUAAACAUAGGUGAAAACACCAUACAAAGAAACAAUAAACAGUUUAAAAUCACUUAGUCAAGACAAGAUCGGAAAAAACACAAAAGAGAAAGAGAAGGCUAUAAAUAAACAAGAUAAUGAUGAGAACUAAACAAGACACAGGUGAAGAUCACAAAGAAGGCCCUGUCCCAAUAUCCACACUACGCCCUAAGGUGUUCCUCGAAGUGGACAGUUGAAAGUGCACAAGCGGCGUAAGUGUGCAAGGGCCUGAAGCUGUGAAGAGCAGAAUUGGGACAGUUUUGCACAUGUCACAAUUUACGUCACUUCUGAUCAGGGGAGCAAAUACCGUAAAUUUGACUAAUUUGGUUGAGGUUUACCUCAAUCACAAUUUAGACCAAAGAUCGCCCGUUAGAUAUGCACAAGCCAAUUUAUAGCUCAUGUUUAACCUCUAGACACAGAGCCCACGGGAAAUGUCAGAAUGACUAGCCGAGGUAAGGCUGUUUCAGGUGGGGUACAUGAGCGCUGAGCGCCAGGUGAUCACCUGGAACUCUGAAAACAUCAGAUCAUAUUUUUAAAUAGGCACUAUCUUCAUAAAUAAACCACAGAUGAAAAACUCUUAAAACUAGAUUUCGUGACACAAUAACAGAAAUAUUUUUAAAUUUCGCGGCCUUAAAAAACACUUCACCACACCGGCUUCUUUUAUCCGCUCCCGAACAGCACCAUAGCAACUGUUCUCCCCCAUUGGUUAGCUGUUCGAAACGUCAAAACGUCAGCUGUCCAAAAUCUCAAAGCCACAACU